GAAUGGUCUACAGCAAAAAGAAAACGCCGAGCAGAGUUUUUGAAUUGUUUGUUUGUUUGUUGUAAUUGGAUUCGCAGUAUGCGGGUGGAGGUACUUCCUUCUUCUGACGAUUCUAGAGCUCAAGAAAAAUACGUUUCAAGUUUUUGAAUUUGAUAGAGAUUUGUGUAUAUUAUCAUGACGUUUAGAUGUCCUCCAGCUCCAUCUGCGGAAGGGACUGCACCUUUUUUGAUUUUGGGAAUACAUAGCGAUAGCUCAUAUUUGAAUCGUAUUAUCUUUUGGCCAUACGCAUUUACUUUUACAACUUUUAGUGUACUUCCUUCUUCUGAUGAUUCUAGAGCUCAAGAAAAAUACUUUUCAAGUUUUUGAAUUUG